UCUGCGUCAUGUGAUUGUCAGGUAGAGGGCUGUGUAAUGUUGUUAACUAUCAGUUUUGUGUUAAAUAAUAGUUUUGUGUUUACUGAUUAUAUACGGGUUUUAGAUCAUUUGUCUGAGAGCGGUAACCAAAACUACCACGGGGAAAUGUGUUUGUAAGCCUUUUUACGCUGGUUAGGCAGCGUCAUGUGAUUUCAAGCUCCUCGUAGACCACUGCAUUGUAGUUGGCUAGCUAGGUUAACUAACGCUAUCAUUGUUAGUCAGCUAUAUUUUCCUGUUAUAGAAAAUCCAAAAUUUCUAGAAUGUUAAGGAUUCCUGAACCUCGUUUACAGAGUGCCUUAGAAGUUGCACUUCUACCUGACAAUGACUUAUGUAAAGAUGUUGAUAAGACUGUUAAAGCCAAAAUGGCCAAAGGCUGUUCCCUACUUUGUUGUUUGAAUGUUGGUGGCAAGUUGUCAGUCAGUGAUAUUUCUGAACGCGGUGCUCCGAUGCAUGUUCUUGAGGACACGUACGCAGACUUUUUCUGGGAGAUGUUGACAGAACAGAGUAAAAUUGACAACAUCCCUAGACUUCUGACUGUGGGACCGGCCUGUGAACUUAGGUUACAUGAGGUUGAUCAAGAAAGCCAGUGGUCGUCUUUGUUUCGGUAUACAGCAGAUAGACUGCUGCAGCUUGUGAAAGAGAAGGAUUCAAGUGUGAGUGAGUUGACCUGUGUGAGGCUGCUGUCUUUUACUGAUGCCCGCUGUUCCCUCCUGCUAAGCACAAGUGUCCUGGUGCAGUUGCUAUGGCAGCAGGGCCCUGCACAACCAGAGACACUGUCUUCCUGCCUGCUCAACCUGCCAUCUGCAAUUGAGGGAACAUUCACUGAUUACCAACUCAGUAAAGGCACCCUGUUUGUUCUGACCACUGCUGGAUUCAUAUAUGUGUUUGACAGUGUUGAGGGGAAGCACCUGGCCUCAGUUGACCUCCAAGCUUACCACACAACAAUCCAGAGAGAGGUGGAGCCUACUGUAUCCCUCUCCUCCUUCUGCCUUCUUAACAUCUCCCAAGACCUCAGCACAGCUGUGGUUGCCACCAGCCAAAACCAAGCACUGGCAAUUGAUCUCAAUGAUUAUUUCAGGACUCACCCAACACAGCUGCUGUGUCGUCAGGUACCAAACUACCCACCUCUCAUACCCGCCAAGCCCUGUGACCAAGACAGCUUGCUCAGCUCAGCUUACAGCCAGUCUGUACUGGAUGCCCACUUCCAGACUGACCACUCGUGGGAGGCUAGGUUGGCGGUCUUGUACAAGCAAGCUAAAGCUCCAAACCCAUCCAUGCUCCAGUUAUCAUGGUACAGAGACUUCCCCAACUCUGAGUGCCACCAAGCAGUUGCCACUGCCAAGCCCCAGCCACCCUCUAUUCCAGCAGGGGGUGCUGUAAUGUCUUUCACCGUGCCUGAACAGACCACACCAACCAUGCUGAAUGUCUCAGAAUUCUCAGCAGUGCUUGCCUUCACCUCAGCAGACAACAGCAACACGACCUUGGCAUACUGGGAUCUGGAAAGUCAGUGUGUUGUGUACCACAGCGUUGAUGCCCCUGCAGUUCUAGUCCACUGGUCAGAAGAAGAACACCUUUGUUUCAUACUGAAAGCAUCAGGCUUGUCUCUGGUGCUGUUUGCGGUUUCUCAGGAGGAGCUGUUGAACAGAUUGAUGGUGUUUGGGAGUGCUGGCAUGGUGGACUCUCUCUGCCAUCUUAACACCUGGGGCCGUUGCUCUAUGCCCAUACAGGCCCUGCAGGCUGGUCUGAAAAAUCGGCAGCUGGACAUGGUGGACUUCUUUCUGAAGAGCAAGGAGAAUAUCCUGUGCCCACCCACAGGUUAUAGCGUGCAUGAGCAGUCACCAGCCAUCUCAACUCAGACACAACUGAAGAACGCCCAGGAUCUCUGUCCAGCAAUGGACUUACUUUACUCUGCCAUCAGAGACACAAACACAGAAGCUCAGAGUCGACAAUUUUGUGAACAGCUGCUCAGCAUUACACUUAACUUCCUCAAUAGACAAAUCAGAGUCCUUCUCAGCAGCACACCAGAGCUGGAUGCUAACUUGCAGGCGUGUGUGAGGAUCUUGGAGGGUUAUAUCUCUAAACUGCGCACCUACAUGAGGAAGUACCCCUGGCUAGAAGUAGGAGGGAGCCAGAUUCCUGCCUUAGCCACUAACACUGCACCUGGUACAACUACAGAGGUGGAGUGGGAAUCACUCUCUGUUGAGGAGGUAGUCCAGCAUGCAGUACUGAGUAAGGAGAUCCCACAUGCACAGGCCUGUCUGCGCAGACGGGGUUGUCCUGAGCAGAACCUGGAGGAGCUGAGGAGGACAGGUCUGAAGCUGGCCUUCACCUGUCUCAAAGACAAAGAUUUGCUGCAGGCCACAACACUGCUCACUAACAUGGGUUUCAAUGUGAAACAGCAGCUCCAUAAUAUCUGUGUUUACACGGCUGAUCAGGACCUCAGGACCUUUAUGGUAGAUGAACUGAAGAGGCAGAAUCAUCUCUCUGCUGAGGAGAUGGAAAAAAUUGAGUUCAUUAAACAGAUUGAAAAUUUAGGCUCAGCAAAAAGAUGCUUAAAGCCCAUCGACAAGAACAAAGUUCUUCAUAUAAGCCAGUCAGACGCUGAGAGCAGGAAGCUGAUCCAGGAGAUGGUGAAUGGGCCAUCACCACCCUCCUUCCAUUCUCUGCUGGGCUCAGUGUGUUUAGACUGGGUCAGACACUGGGACAAUGACACACAGAAAUCAGUGGUCCUUUCCAGACUCCCAGACUCCCUGUUGGCCUCGUGUGACCCUGCUGUGCUGUGGUCCUACCUCACCUCCCUUCAUGACCAGGACCGGAUCAGUGCAUGGCUUACCAGCAUGGCUGCUCAGGGUAGUGGGCUCACUGCUGCCCCCAUGUGGCCUCCCCUCACUGCUGCCAUUGUGGAUGAACACACUCACUGCAGCGGCUACAUAAGAGACCAAAUCCUGGACAUGCUUGCUAGACAAGAAGUGUUUGUGGAAUCUGAGAUGUCUGAUUUUGAGCAGUUAUUGUGGAGACUGGGCCAGGCUGGAGGUGUGAUGCGGGGCCACAGUGGACCUCCUGUCCCACAGUUAUAUGCUUCCCAAGGCCAGGACUUUCACACACGCUUUAUUCAGCACUGCCUGGAGAAUAACCUGCAGUACCUGCUUUACAACUACCUGGAGCACUAUAAGUUGACUCCUACUAACUGCCCUGCUGUUGGAGACAGAGCUUUGUAUGAGAGCUAUCCCUGGUUUGAGAUGAUGGUCAAACUGCAAAGAAUUUCAAGAGACCCCACAGAUCCAGAGCGAGUGUUCCAGGCUAGUUUGACCAGUGCACAGGUGCUCCUGCCAGGCAGCCAGGCUAGCAUUAGCAGCAUGCUACUAGAGGGACACAGCCUCCUCGCUCUCUCCACCAUUAUGUUUGGGCCUGGGGGUAUCGAUCAGGUGGUGAGAGAGGGUGGUAGAUGUCAGGAUGCCCUGUGCAGAGUGGACCCCCAGCUCCUGAGGAUGGCACUGAGUGCAUACCCCAAACUCAGAGCUGCUCUUUUCCCUCAGAGUGGCCCAAGAGGCAUCUCCACUUGCGAUAUAUCUGUCUACCAUCUCAUGCAGUCUUUGUAUCCACUGGAUAUCUCCAGACUGUUUGGGUGGCAGUCUGCCAACACUUUAGGCACUGCUGAGGGGCCUGCUGAACUUCCUCACUUCUCCAGCCCUCACCUGGUCAAUAAGUAUGCGCUCAUCCAGAACCUGGACUACUUGUACUAUCUGCAGCAUGGCAGACCUUCUUUUGCCUAUGGAAUUUUCAUCAUUCAACAUCUGGCCAGUUCCAGCAAUGUGAAGCUACAGUUAAGUGUAGCUGAGGAACAGGCCUACACACUGGGCCUUUUGAAUUUUGACUCCUCUUCUGUAGCUGCAGCCUGUGUGUGUUUUUGUGAGUUGUUGGGCGUAUGCAGUCUGAAACUGAGGGUGGAUCUUAAAGCCCUUAAUCUUAUACUCAAAUUAUGGAGUCAAAACUGUGAAGAAAGCAGCUUAGCCUCCCUUAGACAGUCUCUUGUGGACAAGGUGAAUAAGCUGGUAACAGCUGAGAGGCAAACAGCAGAAGAACUGCUGCUGCACCUGGAGGGAGCAGUGAGGGAGCAUGUGGAGGGGAGAGGCAUGAGCAGGUCGUCGUACGAGGCAGGACAGGAGUGGGCUCUCCCUGUGCAGUUCUGCCACCUGCAUGAUUUGGCCCUCAGUGCUGGCUAUCUGCAAGACUGUGCCACCGAUGGCCAGUGGCUUAACUUCCUGCUCUUUGUACAACUCCACCACUACCCUCCACGGCAGGUCAGGUCCCUGACAGCCAGCUUCAGCCCAUCUCUGCAGGCACACCUUUCACUGGCCUUCCAGGACCUGCAACUAGUCUCCUCCCAGUGGGGCCUGGAUAGCCAGGGCCAUGACCUCUGCUACCUGCCCAGGGAGGAAAGCUCUGAGUCACCUAAGGAUCUGUUCCAGAUCCUAUUACAAAGCCAGGACAAGACCAGUCCCUGGAGGUACCUGUUGGCAGAGGCUGUAAUGCAGCAUAGCCCACCACUUACAGUGCUGGCAGCAUGUCACCAGGAUGCUGAAUGCUUGCAGUGCCUGUGUGUGUGGAUCCUGACCUCCGUCGAUGAUGACAUUGUCCAGGAGGCCACUUCUUACAUUAAUGAGAACCUGGGCCACCACACAUGGAACCUUUAUGAUAUGUCAGUCUUAUGGAAAACCCUCAUUCUGAAGUGCAAGAUCAGGCCUCUAAUCCGUGGCUUCCAGCUGUUCCAGCGGGAGUCUCCACUCAUUCACAUGCUGCAGAUGUAUGAGCUCUGCUGUGACUACAAAAACUACCAGGGGGCCAAAGACAAGCUACUGGAGUUCCAGAAAUGUCUGCUUAACCUCAGAAGCACUGGAGAGAAUAUGUUGGGUGUGGAGUGUCUCCCGGUGCAGUGGGUGGAGGCUCAGGCUUCUGUGCUGCUCCUCAUUCUGUUGCAGCAGUGUGGGACGCAAUACGAGUUGCACAGGCUGCUCCAGCUACUGGCUGAAAUGGAACAUCUCCUCAAGUCUAAUGGUCCUGACUUUAAGAUGCUGAGCCAGCUAAGCCAAAUCCUGACUGACACACCCGUGUCUCUGUCCCCGUGUCUGCUGGUGGACUAUAGCACUGCCUGCCUGCAGGGGGAGUGCCAGAGCAUCCUAGAGAAGCUUCAGGAACUCGGCCUCUUCUCCCAAGCCAGGAAAGUAGCUGAACUGGCUGGGCUAUCCAUCGAUCGCCUGAUUAUAAAUGAGCUAUUGCAGGACCUUGAGGUGCUAAAGACCAAGCGACAGUGGGAAAGGCAGGAGACACGGCUUUCCUUCUGGAGGAGAUGCCAUGAGCAGUUCAAUAAUGACCGCAUCAGAGCAGAGGCAGCUUGCCAGUUCUUUAUGUCUCAGGCUGAGGACUCUGUGCAGAGAGACACUGAGCUCCUUCAGGUGCAGGAGCGAUGUCUCCUUUUGGGUCUGGCCGGCCACUGGCUGUCCCAGCAUGAUGAUGGCACUUGUGAAGGGCGCCUGGCGAAGUUGGAGAAGCAACAGUGGGAAUGCCGUGUUCGUCGACUGGUCCUGACCACCGCCCUGGAGCAGGAGAGCCUGUUCGUCCCGCCUGCGGUGCUUGAAAGCUCCCUCGACAACCUCCUCAAAGAGUACUCCUUCUCCAGAAUGCCUGUGCUGGAUCACCCAGCAUAUCUGAGUCUGGAGGGACUUCCGGCAGUGGAGGAGGCCUGCUCCCUGGUUGGGGAGGAGCGAAAGGCUUUGACCACGCUGAUUGACCGGCUCUUGGAUGAGGGCAGCGUUCAUGAGGCGAGCCGUGUGUGUAGAUAUUUUGGCUUGCUGCACAGGGAUGUGUGUCUGGUGCUGCAUUGUCGGGGCCUGGCCUGUGGAGAGCUACAACUGGGCUUGCAGGAACUCCUCAGCCCCGAUGGAGAGAGCAGGAGCAUCCUGCCCAGCUGCUCGAGCACGGGCAGUCUGUCCUCCUUCGUGGUCGUUUCCUCACCCGAAGACCAGGUUCUCUCCCAGCUUCAGCUUCUUGUAGACCAGUGCCGUCAUGGCAAAAACUACUGCAAACAGGUCCUCAGCCUCUAUGAGCUGUCCAAGGAGCUGCAUUGUUCUUAUAGUGAGAUCUCUUCUGAAGAGCCAGAGACUGUGCUGCUUAAGGUACUCCUGUCCCAGCAGCCAGAGCGCUAUAAGAAAGCUCAGGCCUUUAUCAGCGUGCAGGGCCUGCAGCCAGACUCUGUGGCUCAGCUCAUCACCUCCACGGUGCUGGAGGGACUACUGGCUUCCUUACAGGAGGGUGAGAAAGAGCAACAUAUCUACAGUCCUUGUGAAGGUAAAGAGGCCUUCCUACAGCUGGCUAAACUGUGUAGUGACCCCAACUUGGUGGGCAUCAAGUUGCUAGACUGCAUUCCCACAGUUCCUCUGGCAGAGCUGAGCUGCACUGUUGAGCUGCUGAUUCUGGCCCAUGACUGCUUCAGUCUCACCUGUAACAUGGAAGGCAUCGUCAAGGUCCUACAGGCAGCCAGACACCUCAGCCACACUCACCUGGCUCAUAAGGAUGGAUAUGGGCUGCUGGUACGUCUCCUGACUGGUAUUGGAAGAUACAAUGAAAUGACUUACAUCUUUGACCUGCUCAACCAGAACCACCAUUUUGAGAUCCUACUGAGGAAGAAACAGGAGUCGAACACCAGAUUAAAAACAGCUCUGCUGGACUACAUUAAGCGAUGUCUGCCAGGGGACAGUGAGAAGCACAACAUGGUGGCUUUGUGUUUCAGCAUGCGCCGAGAGAUUGGAGAAAACCAUGAGGGCGCUGCUCGAACACAGCUCAAACUCAUCGAGUCCCAGCCAUGGGCCGUCACCCCAGAGCUCAAAAGUAGCCUAGAGAAAGUCCUCUCUUUGCUGAAAGACGCUGCAGAAAGCUACUCUAAGGACUCGUGCAUGCGUCAAGCAUUGCGGUGUGUAAAAAUGGCUAAACUCGUCGUUCUGCAGCUUCACUUCCUAACUCGUGGACAUGACGAUCGUGUUGUGAACCUGCAGCCAUCAGAGCUGCCCAUUAUCAUCGUGGCUCUGCCACACUGUUACCAGUCAUUUGUAGUAGCAGAGGCAUAUGACUACAGUCCUGACUGGGCAGAGGUUUUGUACCAGAAAGUGAUAUUGAGAGGUGAUUUCUCCUACCUGGAAGAGUUUAAGCUACACAGACCUCUUCCCACCAGCUUGUUUGAGGAAAUCUCCAAAAAACUGUCUCUGAACAAGCCACCAAACAAUGCCAGUCAGAAUCUGAAGCGGCUCCUGCAGUGUUGUGAAGACGUUUACACCCACUACAAACUGGCCUACGAACACAAGUUUAUCGAUGUAGUCAACAUGCUCCUGCAGGACUCCAAAACAAACAGUUAUCUUAAUGACCGACUAAGCAGCUAAUUACCCUCAUUUAACUCCCCAACCCCUCUACAGGCACAGUGACACAUUUUCAGUCAUGGCUUUAAAUGUUCUAAUUAUGGCAUUUGAUUUCAUUCCACAGCAGUUGUGGGGUAUCUGAUUAGAGGGAGCACUUUUUUGUUAUAGUUAAUGGGUAAAUUAACUGUAAAUGUACAUAUUUAAGAGAUUAAAUCUAAAAUUGCUAAUA